AUGAAAAUUGCAAAGUCCCAGCGACAAGACAAAGCAAACAAGCACACGACACCAGAUGCAAAUGCAGCUACUGCAGCUACACAAACAGAAGCUCUGUCAAAUACGGAUUGGGAAUACGGAACAUUGCAGUCCAACCCCGCAAAGAACAAGGGCCCCCCUAAUUGGUGGUUCAUAUGUGUCUUGCAGCAGCAGCAGCAGCAGCAGCAGCAGCAGCAUACUGUCAUAAAUUCUCUUUCUGCCGCACUCUCUAAUCGGACUAAUCCCGGCCACAGGGUCAGGGUCGGUCAGGGUCUUUGUACCGUGCUAGCAAAGUUUGCCCUCAGCUUGGCGUAUGAUUUGAUAGUGCCAAUGCUCAAGUGCGUCACUCUUUAUGGAAACUUUUUCAUCUCUCCUCCGCCAUUCGGAGCUCAGCCAUUAGCCCAAAUCCACGUCCCCAAGUCAUUGCCCGCCUCUUCUGCUCGUGCUUCGGAAUCUCCUUCUUCUUCCAGAUACCCCAGAUUUCCUUUCCUUUCCCAUCAUAUCAUAACAUCAAAACUGCCCAUCAUGUCCAACGUCGAGGUCACAGAGAACGGGGCUGCUCCCACCAUCCACAAGCCUCACCACAAUGCUGCUCUGCCUUACCAGUCCGUCGGCGACUUUCUCUCAAACACCAACAACUUCAAGAUCAUUGAGAGCACCUUGAGAGAGGGCGAGCAGUUUGCCAAUGCCUACUUUGACACAGAGACCAAGAUCAAGAUUGCCAAGGCUCUCUCUGACUUUGGUGUCGAGUACAUUGAGCUCACCAGCCCUCUCGCCUCUCCCCAGUCCCGCAAGGACUGUGAGGAGAUCUGCAAGCUCGGCCUCAAGGCCAAGAUCCUCACUCACGUGCGAUGCACAAUGGAAGAUGCCAAGGUCGCUGUUGAGACCGGUGUCGACGGUGUCGAUGUUGUUAUUGGUACUUCUCAGUACCUGAGAGAGCACUCUCACGGAAAGGACAUGGCUUACAUCAAGGAGUCUGCCAUUGAGGUCAUCCGAUACAUCAAGAGCCAAGGCAAGGAGGUCCGAUUCUCUUCUGAGGACUCUUUCCGAAGUGACCUUGUCGACCUUCUCAGCCUUUACCAGGCUGUUGACAAGGAGGGUGUUCACCGUGUUGGUGUCGCUGACACAGUCGGCUGCGCUUCUCCUCGCCAGGUCUACGACCUUGUCCGAACUCUCCGUGGUGUUGUCGGCUGCGACAUCGAGUGCCAUUUCCACAACGACACUGGCUGUGCCAUUGCCAACGCCCACGCUGCCCUCGAGGCCGGAGCCACCCACAUCGACACCUCAGUCCUCGGAAUCGGCGAGCGCAACGGUAUCACCCCUCUCGGAGGUCUCUUGGCCCGUAUGAUUGUCAACAGCCACGACUACGUCACCUCUCGAUACAAGCUCCACAAGCUCAAGGAGAUUGAGGAUCUCGUCGCCGAGGCUGUCGAGAUUAAUGUCCCCUUCAACAACUACAUCACCGGUUUCUGUGCCUUUACCCACAAGGCCGGUAUCCACGCCAAGGCUAUCCUCAACCAGCCCAGCACAUACGAGAUCAUCGACCCUGCUGAUUUCGGCAUGUCCCGAUAUGUUCACUUCGCUUCUAGAUUGACUGGCUGGAACGCCAUCAAGAGUCGUGUUGAGCAGCUCGGAUUGAACAUGACUGAUGAUCAGAUCAAGCAAGUUACUGCCAAGAUCAAGGACCUGGCUGAUGUGCGUCCUCUCGCUAUUGACGAUACGGAUUCAAUUAUCCGCUCUUUCCACUUUGAUCUUCAGAGAUCUUAGAGAAACGGCAUGUAUGAAUAAAGUAAAAUGAUCUGGGAUGGUAAAAAGAUAAAGGAGUUUUGUUUAGGAUGGUCAUAAGAAAACACAAA